GGCGGUGGUGCGCCGCCGCCCGCCGCCGCCCCGUACGGCGCUCCGCCCCAGCAGCAGCAGCAGCAGCAGCACGCCCAGGGCGCCUUCCCGGGCCAGCCGCCGAGUUCGACCGGCUACGGUCAGCAGCAAGGCUACGGCGCGCCCCAGGGCCAGGGCCAGUACGCCCCGCCGCCGGGCAACCCGCCCGUGCCGGGCAACCGCCCUGGCGCCGCCGGCGCCGCCGGCGGCCAGAUGCCGUACCCGGGCCAGCCGCAGCAGCAGCCGGGCCAGGGCCAGUACGGCGCGCCGGGCCAGCAGCCGCAGCAGGGUCAGUACGGCCAGCCGCAGCAGCAGCAGCAGCAGCAGGGCUACGGUCAGCCGCCUCAGCAGCAGGGCCAGUACGGUCAGCAGCAGCAGGGCUACGGCCAGCCGCAGCAGCAGCAGUACGGUGCGCCGCCCCAGCAGCCGCCCCAGCAGCACGGUGGCGCUGCGGCGCCCGGCGGUGGCCCGAGCCAGCAGGUCAUCGUCCAGGUCCUGACGCAGUGCGUCCAGGAGCAGAAACUGCAAGCGUUCUACCCGCCGGGCUCGCUCGAGCAGAUCGCGCAGCGCAUCGUCCAGACGGGCGCCCUCUCGCAGAUCGCCUCGCUCUGGAAGCUCCCGAUGGAGAUUGCCAUCGACCUGUGCCGCCUCGCGCUGUUCGACGUCGCUAUGUACGUUGACGACAGCGGGAGUAUGGCCUUCGAGGAGAACGGCGAGCGCAUCGACGACGCCAAGAUGAUUAUCGGCAGGGUCGCCCAGGCGGCCACGCUGUUCGACACGGACGGCAUCGAGGUCUUCUUCAUGAACAGCCAGCUCGUCGGGCGCAACAUCACGAGCGAGGCGUCGGCGCAGCAGCUCGUCUCGCAGAUCCGCUUCUCGGGCCUCACCCCGCUCGGCACGGCCCUCGACCAGAAGAUCAUCCAGCCUCUCCUCCUCGGCCCGGCUCGCGCCGGUACGCUCCGCAAGCCGCUCCUUGUCGUCGCCGUCACCGACGGCGCUCCCGGCGGCGAGGCCCGCGACACGAUCGUCCGUGUCAUCAAGAACGCGAGCGACACGCUCGCCCAGACGCGCUACGGCUCGGACGCCCUCUCGAUCCAGAUUGCCCAGAUCGGCAACGACUCGGGCGCGCGCGCGUUCCUCGAGGAGAUUGACGAGCACCCGGUCAUUGGUGACCUCGUCGACUGCACGAGCAGCUACGAGGUCGAGGAGGACAACUUCCGCCGCACGUCGGGCCAGCAGCUGUCGCCCGAACUCUACCUCGUCAAGCUCGUCCUCGGGCCCUGCUCGUCGGACUACGACAUGAAGGACGAGAAGAAGCGGUAGGCGGGUCGUCGACCUCGCCGUACUGUCGCCCAACUCCUUCCCAAUUUUCGCCGUUCCCCUCUCGCCCGAGUCCGACCGCCCGUCUCGCCUCGAGCUCCCUCCCUCCCUCGCCUCCCCUCUGUGCACCACUCUCUCAUCGCUUCCCAUUCGUCUCUCGUGCCCGCCUCGAGCCAUCCUGAAAUGCAGUCCGUCGAUCUUC